GAAAAAUGUUAGGUUGUACAGUGAGACAAUACACUCCCGAUGGUAUAAUUUCCUUUUCCACGGUCCAUUUUUAAUUCACCGCUUUGUGAAGCUCCGAAAUUUUCAAUGCAAACCUGGAAUCAAUAAGUAGCACCGAGUCGCCGAUUCUGAAACCAAACCUCACCCCUCCAGCCAAUAAUGUUACCCAGCACAUAAAAUUCAUGCACAGCACCCUUAUUGCGCGUAUCUCUGCGGGAGCCAUCACUUGCCACUGAUCGGCUCGAUUUGCGUUGUCCGUGUCGAUAGAAUUUGGAAUCCCCAUGUGCAGGAACAUGCGUCAGUCGUGAACAAAGCAUCGUAGCCACUGAAUUACUUUUUUUGGUCGUUCAAGCUUGUAAUAGUCGGAAAGUAUGCAAUGCAAUAUGUCAAGGGAUACCUUCGCCCGAACGGGGAAGAAGAACAAUGAGCAUAUACAUUAAAUAGAGGAAGAUGGAAAACGUUCAAGUUGAAUCUAAUGAUUAAGGGGAAUUUAUGUGUUUUUUCGUAACUGGAUUCAAGAAACUAAGGCGCAAAACUUGGAAAAUCUAACACGUUCUCAUCGUUCUACAGCGAAUGAGCUUGUGAAGAGGAGAUAAUGAACGCUUACUGUCGUUGGAAGUUAGGUUCAAUUUAAAUUUUUUUGUAACAAUUAAAUGUAUAUUUGGAUGCUUUUUAUUUUGCGAGCAAAUCAUCAGUUAGAGAAGUUGUACUUACGCAUGCACAAUGAAAUCAGCCCCAUGCGCUCGCGCAAAGUUGGGGAAACAACAACGCCUAACAGAAUCGAAAGUGUUCAGCUUUACCCACCAGAUGCAAGUUUUUCCACACCACGACCAAAGUCUCCCCUCCAUGAAAUCAUUCCCUCCGCCAAAGCCUACUUUUUAUUCAACGCUUCGCGUCGUCUCCAACUUUUCAAUACCCAUUGGCAAUUAUUUGAUCCGAGUGUGCGAUUCUGACGUUCAACUUUGCCGUGAUACUCCCGAUUCCUUGUGCGCCAGACACGCCGCAGAAUAUCCAAAAUUCAUGAACUUCGCCCAUAGCGCAUGCAUCUCUGCGGGGAAUAUCCAUUGCCAUAGCCUGAUCGCAGUGUGCUUUCUUCGUAUUGACAGUAUUUCUAAUCCCCACUCUGACCGCUUUGGUCAGUCGUCAGCAAAACUCCGCAGCAAGUGCAUCAAUUUUCGUCUUUUAACGACAAAAUUUUCUAUCGUAGAACAGCGCAGAACUCAAUAUCGAACGAGGCCGAAGUCAUGAUCACACCGAGCGACCAUAUUUUGAGCAAUCAAUUCACCAGGGCAAUUCAUAGUUUGCGUUACGUCAUGAUUUAUUUAGGUAUUUGGCCAGGAGAAAGACAUCAGAAUUGGCACCUUCUGUUGUGGUUUUUUCAUUCGACAAGUUUAAUAUAUCUAACCACCGGUUCGGUUGGCGGUCUCAUCGUACUCAGACAUAACGCGAACAAAAUUAUCAACAACUUGGGUAUGUCGAGUCCAACAAUACUCAUUGUCUGUAAAUGGUUCACGUUUACUUGGCGUAAAAAACUGUGCAAGAGGCUCAUGCAUUUCAUGGAUGACGAUUGGGUUAACUUGGAAAAAGAUACUCUCAUCAAUAAAAGUGUACCGGAUUCCAAACGAAUAAUCAUCAACUUCUACAAGACGACGAAUUUUUUCGUCUGCACUUUCAUAAUUUUGGCAUCUGUUGCCACCGUGAAUUUCCUGGGACAAUCUUUUCUUUCUCUCAAUCGACGCGAUGAUAAACCGAACAAGGACAACAUAUUCCCGAUGCCUUACAGUUGGUAUCCUGUCAAUUACGACGGAUUGAGUUAUAUUAUCCAGUUCCUAGUGUUCGCUCAAAUAAGUAGUAUGCUAUCAACGUUUCUCGCGACAACCGCAAUCGAUGGCUUCCUCGUUGCUACGAUUCUACAUCUCAGCAGUCAACUAAAGAUUCUGAGACUUUUCGUAGAGGGAAUCGUCUAUGAACCGUGCCAUCCUCAAAAUUACAAAAAGAAAGUGAGAGAAAUGGUGAAACGUCAUCAAGUGCUGUUGAGAAAAUGUCUCUUCAAUUUUAGUGUGGCAGCCACGUUGCAGGAAUAUUACAGUCUCAUUGCUCUGCAGCAUGUAAUGGCGUGUGUGCUUGCUCUUUGCUUCCUUGAAUGUUCAUUUCUCAUGGAAUUACAAGAAAACGAAGCGAGCAGAACGAGUCUCUUAACGUUCGGACUUUUCGCUAUCGGAUCGCUGGAGACUGCCUUCAUCUACUGUUUUGCCGGUGAUUCGUUAACUAACGAAAUUGUCAAAGCCGCUGCAUCGUAUCUCUCUACUUUACGAGCUUACAGUAUGGUGGAAGCCUGAAGAUAAUUAAGUCAGCCAAACGGUGAUGGGAAAAAGAAAAACUCGUGGGAACAUUCAUUGAGCAGGCUACAGAAUACAUUAAGUAGAACAUGAAAUCCAAAUAAUGACGUGCUUAUGUCGAGACUCGUUCGAGUGGUAAUCAUUCGCAUCUCAUGAGAUUUGUGCGUGACGAUUCCUUUGUGCAAUCAAAUCGGUAUUUUAUUUAACGAUUUAAGCAGAAAAUGAGUGAUUGAGGCAUAUUCUACACUUUACUCGCAGGUAUAUGAAUUAUAAACGUAGUAGAUAAUAUUUUCUCGAUUUUGUAAUUUCGUUAUUGUAUUACCUGAAAAGAUUUCGCAGAUGUUUCUGCAAAUAAUAUAUCUAUUGAACGUCAA